GGUGGGAAGCAAGAAGAUGCUGUGGAAGUCACACGUUUCCUGUUGUAUGCGCACCCGGAGACAUUUGUACAGCGGACAUGAGCUGCUCGUGCGCUCAUGGGAGGUUGAGUUCUUGUAUUUUCUCUCAAAGGGUUUUCAACACAUGUUUUAAUACAUUUAGUCGUCCCAACGAAGACGCAUUCGUGCGGAGAUAAAGUGCAAUACAUGAAAAGUUGUUUUUUUUUUACCAAUGACGUUGUCAGUGUGUGGCGAAUUUAGUGCCGCCAAAGCGGAACCUUUACGCUUUUAACGUUUUUAGACGGAACGUUUAUGUGAAGGAACCGUGUGUUCCCCCAGCUGAUCCAUCUCGACAAAAAAAAGAUCAUGAGCAAAGACUCCCAGAUGAGGGCUGCAAUAAACCAGAAGCUGAUAGAAAUGGGGGAAAGGGAGCGCUUGAAGGAAUUGCUCAGGGCAAAGCUGGUGGAGUGCGGAUGGAAGGAUCAGCUGAAAGCACACUGCAAAGAUGUGAUCAAAGAAAAGGGUCUGGAGCACGUCACCGUGGAGGACCUGGUCACAGAAGUCACACCAAAAGGCAGAGCACUCGUCCCGGACAGCGUGAAGAAAGAGCUGCUGCAGAGAAUCCGAGCUUUUCUAGCUCAACACGCGACCUUGUGAAUGGGACGGUUCAUCAUCUAGACUUUUCUUUUCUUUUCUUUUUUUACUCACAAUUCAAAUCCCAAACUGAUGUUUGUUCUCAUUGUGAGCGACGCUCAAGUGCUAUUUUCUUUUUAUUUUGUAUCGUGUGUUUUCAUAUUGAUUUUGGUUUGUUAUGCAGCAGUUUUGGAAAAAAAAGAAUAAAACAAAUAAAGUCAUGCCUAUUUUUGGUCA